AAAGUAUAUAGUAUAAAAUUAUAAUAAUAACAAAAAAGAUAUUGAAUGGACAUUUUUGGAAUGAAUUAUGAAUAGUAAUCAAUAUAGUAGCUAAAAAUUUGGAUUUCUUUUUUUAGGGAGGCUCUCCCUUAAAAUGAUUUAUAUAUAUACAUGAGAAGAGUCUUAUUUUGAUUAAUAACAAUGAUAAUAAUGGAGGAACAGAUGAAAGAGAAUGAGACAGCCAUAAGAGAAAAGAGUAGAAUUGGAGCAAUAAUAGUUGAGUCUAUACCAUAUAUUAUCUGCGUAUUAUGUAGCUUUUCUGGUGCAGGCUAUUUUUUGGUCUCUAAAGUUUCUCUAAACAAAGGUAUGAGUAGGUAUGUGCUUGUCACCUAUGGCUUUGCUAUUGGGACUCUAUCUACUGCUCUACUUGCCUAUCUCUUUGAAAGGAAAAACACUAGUAAACUCACCAUCCCUGUCUUGAGAAAUGUCUUCUUUCUAGGUCUGCUUGGAGCAUUAGGGAGGACAAUGUUUUAUGUGGGAUUAGAAUACACUUCACAGACUUUUGCUUCUGCAGUGUCCAACAUAUUUCCAGUGUUUACCUUUGUCUUAGCAGUUUUGUUCAAAAUGGAAAAAUUGGAGAUUUCGAAGAAUAGUACUCGAGCAAAGAUAGGAGGAAGUAUAGUAUCAUUUGCAGGAGCAACAAUCUUGACCCUUUACAAAGGCAUGAAAGUACUAUCAGUACACAAUAAUACUCAAAGCUCUCAUGAUCAAUCUGUUACUUCUACAAGACUCUCUUUUGAGAAAGAUCACUGGAUAAAAGGCUCCAUUAUUCUUGUAGCAUCUUACUUCUCCACCGCAGCCUUUUAUCUCCUACAGGCAGGAACAGUUAAAAUAUAUGCAGCGCCAUUAAAUCUGACAACACUAAGCUGCUUAUCGGGAACAUUGCUAUCACUAAUCAUGACUGCAAUUUUGGAUCAUAAAGCAGCCUCUUGGAGGCUAUCAUUGGAUAUCACACUUCUAGCUCCUUUUUAUAAUGGAAUUAUGAUAUUCAGUUUGGGAAUUUAUUUACAAACCAUAGUAAUGAGAAGAAAAGGUCCAGUGUUUGCCAUGGCUUUUAGUCCUUUGUCAUCUAUAUUUGCAGCAAUCAUGGGAAUACUGAUUUUGGGAGACAUUUUACAUCUGGGCAGUGUAAUAGGAGCUACAUUGAUAAUUAUUGGACUCUAUUCAAUUCUAUGGGGAAAGAAGAAAGAGGAGGACAUGAUGAUACUAGAGCGUACGAAAGCAAAUGAACUACUAGACCUUAAUGAAAUCAAAGCAGAAAGUGUCAAAAACAAAUCUGAUCAUUUGAUUAUUAAUUGAUCAUAUACCUAACAAAGGCACCAAUGGUCUGAAAUUUUAAUAAGUGAAUUAUUGGUGUAUAGGAGGAGCUAAUAAUAGUGCUGUCAAAAGUACUUGGUUACAAGCCCCACAAGAAUUUACCUAUUAAUUAGAUGAACAUUAUGUUACGCGUGUAACGUUUUUUUUUAUAAUGCCAGAUAAAGAAGUAUGAGUCACUAAUCACUAGACACC